AUGGGCUCUGUAGUCCUUCCCCAUCUGCGCACAGGCUGGCACGUCGACCAAGCAAUCCUCAGCGAAGAAGACCGUCUCGUCGUUAUCCGAUUCGGGCGCGACUCUGACCCUGACUGCAUGCGACAAGACGAAGUGCUCUACAAGAUCGCGGACCGAGUGAAGAACUUCGCGGCGCUGUAUGUGUGCGAUCUCGACGAGGUCCCGGACUUCAAGGCCAUGUACGAGCUCUAUGAUCCCUGCACCGUUAUGUUCUUCUUCAGGAACAAGCACAUGAUGUGCGAUUUUGGAACGGGAAACAACAAUAAGCUGAACUGGGUACUAGAGGACAAGCAGGAGUUGAUCGAUAUUAUUGAGACGGUCUACCGCGGAGCGAAGAAGGGGAGGGGUCUGGUCGUCAGUCCGAAGGACUACUCUACACGCUAUCGAUACUAG